UUGAGUUAUUCGGUGUUAGCUGUCAUAACCUAGGGAAUCACGAAACAAAAAUUGGAAUUAACUAAAACCGCGGUGUAUUGAUAUUGGCAUUUGGAUUUGGUUCGUGUUUGUUUCUUCAAAAAACCCACAAUGAAUGCUCCACCAACUUUUGAAUCUUUUCUUCUUUACGAAGGUGAAAAAAAAAUCGUGAAGGAAUUGGAUACCAAAGUAACAAAUGCUGCUAUUUUUACUGUAAACAAAGAAGACCAUACCCUCGGAAACAUGAUCAGAAAUCAAUUAUUAAAGGACCCAAAUGUUCUUUUCGCUGGAUACAAAGUACCUCAUCCGUUGGAGCACAAAUUCGUUAUAAGAAUACAGACAACUCCUGACUAUUCACCGCAAGAAGCCUUUAUGAACGCAAUCACUGAUUUACUAGCUGAGUUGUCACUUUUCGAAGAGCGUUUUAAGGAAGCAAUAAAGGAGAAAAAAGAAGGAGGCGAUUAGAUACAAAACAUUACUCUUUAACCAUGAUUUAAAUAUAGUUGUAAAACCAAAAUUACAAAAAACUGAAAAAGUCUUUAUUCGUGUAUUUUUGUUUUGAUAUAAAAUAAAACUAAGCGUUUUGAUUAAAAAUUGCAA